UCUCCCUCUCUCUCUCUCCCGUCUCACUCUCUCUCUCUCUCUCAGCCCCCCACAGUAGAGAGCAUAGAGAGGAAAAUGGAAGAAUACUGCUAGCUAGGGUUACCAAACCGGCCUUCACAUAUAUAUACGUAUAUAUUACAUAUAUGCGUGUGUAUAUAUGCAUGCGAUUCGGUUAACGUGUGUGGAAAAAUUGCAAGAGGCGUUAGCUUUGUAGUCUCCUGAACGCAAAUCCACCGCCGUUGCAAGGAUCGGAGAAGAAGCCAAUGACGGGCCGCAGAGACGCUCCUUUGAUGAGAGGCGGCGGGCAGUCGCUUCGCCGAUCGAGAAUUGCCGUGGCCGUGGCGAUCGGAGUUGCCCUCGGCUGCGUCUUCGCCUUCUUCUUCCCUCACGGACUCUUCUUCUCCAGUUCUCCCGUUCACCCCCGCGGCACCGCCAAAUCGGAUGUUCAGGUUGCUUCAUCCUUGUCUUGUGAAUCAUCUGAACGGGUCAACUUGUUAAAGUCAGAGUUUAUAGCAGUUUCAGGGAAAAAUGCUGAGUUGAAAAAGCAGAUUAGGGAAUUGACAGAAAAGCUUCGGCUGGCUGAGCAAGGGAAAGAUCAUGCACAAAAACAGGUAUUGGCGUUGGGUGGACAACACAAGGCUGGCCCUUUUGGUACUGUUAAAGGUUUAAGGACUAACCCCACUGUUGUUCCUGACGAAUCUGUGAAUCCAAGAUUGGCAAAGAUACUGGUGAACGUUUCUGUUAAUAGAGAGCUUAUUGUUACACUUGCAAAUUCAAACGUGAAGGACAUGUUAGGAGUGUGGUUCACUAACAUCAAGAGAGUAGGCAUACCCAAUUACUUGGUCAUUGCUUUGGAUGAAGAGAUUGCUAACUUUUGCCAAUCUAAUGAUGUUCCAAUAUAUAGGAGAGACCCGGAUGAGGGCAUUGAUUCGAUUGCUAGGACAGGAGGAAAUCAUGCUGUUUCUGGAUUGAAAUUCCGCAUCUUGAGGGAAUUUUUGCAGUUAGGUUACAGUGUUCUUCUCUCUGAUGUUGAUAUAGUGUAUCUGCAAAACCCUUUUGAUCAUCUUUAUCGUGACUCUGAUGUCGAGUCAAUGACUGAUGGUCAUGAUAAUAAGACUGCUUAUGGGUACAAUGAUGUAUUUGAUGAACCUUCAAUGGGUUGGGCUCGUUAUGCUCAUACAAUGAGGAUAUGGGUGUAUAAUUCUGGUUUCUUUUACAUAAGGCCAACAAUACCAGCAAUUGAGCUUCUGGACCGUGUGGCUGGUCGUCUUUCUCGGGAACCUAACUCUUGGGACCAGGCAGUUUUUAAUGAGGAACUCGCCUUCCCCUCACAUCCUGGAUAUGACGGGCUUCAUGCUGCCAGGAGAACCAUGGACUUCUAUCUUUUCAUGAAUAGCAAGGUCUUGUUCAAAACUGUUAGGAAAGAUGCCAACCUCAGCAAGCUUAAACCAGUAAUCAUUCAUAUAAAUUACCACCCUGAUAAGCUUCCAAGAAUGAAAGCAGUGGUGGAAUUCUAUGUUAAUGGCAAGCGAGAUGCAUUGAAAUCCUUCCCUGAUGGUUCAGAAUGGUAAAUCUUGUUCUACAUAUUGGAAACACUUUGGUUUCCUUCUGCUCGGUAAGAGUCAGAGAAGCUUGUAGUAGUGUAACACUAUUUCAAAUUUACUUCAGCAGCUAAGAACAACGUUACUGUGCCUCAUUUUCUUUUGCCUUUUCCUUUUUAGUGAAAUUACUGUUUUCAACUAGUACAGAUUGUUCGGUGAUGAAAUGCAUACUUACAUGGUUGAGUUGUGCCUUA